UUUAUGAGUGAAGGAACAUAGUACAACCAAUAAGGAAAGCAGGCGAGAGCAAACAAGUGCAGAUACAGGAGGAUCUAAAACUUAUGCACAACAUGCAUAUGAUAUGGAGCAAAAAGAUAAGAUUGCACUAGAUCGAGCAAAAUUAUAUAUACCGCUUCACAAAAGGAAGGAUGGGACACCAGUCAAUGAAGCAGCAGCUACAAAAAUUGAAAAACUAGAAGCUUUGAUGAGCUCACAACCAAGUAGCUCCGAAGGAAAUGUUGGUGGACGUAUAUCUUGGUCACCAAAUGAUAUUUAUUCUCAAGUGAUGGGUAAAGAGCAUCAUGGUCGUGUUCGAGGUUUAGGAUUUGGGCCUAUUCCUUCCAAGCAUGGCUUCAUGUGUAAUAAUUUUGACCACUUAAGAAUGGUUUCUGAUGAAGAGAGAAUGGGAGACAAAGACACUAUAAUUGAGUUGAAGGAACAACUAAAAACUCAAGGUGAUUAGUUGCAAACUCAAGGU